AUGUGCGGUCCACGAUCUUCUGAAGCACCGUGUUCGGCCCGGGUCUGUCGGGCACCAGGCACUGGGCUCCUUCUGCUCUCCUACCUGGCUUACUUGGUGCUGGGCGCCGGUGUGUUCUGGGCACUGGAAGGUCGUGCGGCCCGGUACUCCAGCCACAUCUUCCAGCGCCACAAGUGGGAGCAACUAAAGAACUUCACAUGUCUGGAUGGCCCAGCGCUGAAUCAGCUGAUCCGGGACAUCAUUCAAGCAUACAAAGAUGGGACCCAGCUCCUGGGCAGUACCACCAGCAUGGGGCGCUGGGGGUUUGUGGGCUCUUUCUUCUUUUCCGUGUCCACCAUCACUACCAUCGGCUACGGCAACCUGAGCCCAGAGACCAUGGCUGCCCGUCUCUUCUGUAUAGUCUUUGCUCUCGUGGGGAUCCCACUCAACCUGGUAGUGCUGAACCGGCUGGGCCACCUUAUGCAGCAAGGGGUGCACCGAUGUGUCCAAUGGCUGGGAGGCAGCUGGCAGGACCCAGCACGGGCACCGUGGCUGGCAGGCUCCGCGGCGCUGCUCUCCGGCCUCCUGCUCUUUCUGCUGCUGCCUCCGCUUCUCUUCUCCCACAUGGAAGGCUGGAGCUACGCGGAGAGUUUCUACUUUGCCUUCAUCACGCUCAGCACGGUGGGCUUCGGUGACUACGUGAUCGGGAUGGACCCCUCUCGGAAGUACCCUCUGUGGUACAAGAACAUCGUCUCCCUAUGGAUCCUCUUUGGGAUGGCCUGGCAGGCCCUGAUCAUCAAAAUGAUCCUGUCCCUGCUCAAAAUGCCAGCGGACAUGUGCACCUGCUCCCCACGCUGCUGCAAGGGGGACAUCAAGAGCCGAAGCUGGAGGCAGGGCCAAGAAGGGGAACGCGGGGUCCAAUCGCCAGGCAUCACAUCUGGAACCUUCCACUCCGGUUAUGUGUUAUGACGAGGACAGCUAGCUGUCUCCCAGGACUGCCGAAUCUUCCUUCUCAGACCUCUGAUUCUAAGCAUGAUUUUCUGUGCCUUCCAGCUAGAGACGGCUAGAUGGUUUGAGAGCAUCCAAUAGGCUAUACAACAGCUUAUGGGAUGUGACUUCGGGAAUGGAGUGUGCUCCUCUUCGCCUAGUUCUUUCUUUCAACCUUCUGCAAUGCUGGCAUGGUGGCAAGAGCCCCAGCAGCCAUAUUGCACCCUGGAGUAGAGACCAUGACUGAGAUGAUGAUCCUCUGGUCAUCACAGAGUCAUCGUGACAAGCAGGACUGAACCCUGGCUUGACUCAUGUGAGAGCGAGGGAUGUCAUAUUUGAAACUAUUGCUUGGGUGUUUCUAGUGCAAUGAAAUUUAAAUUCUAAAUGAUGUAUUCAUAUCCAUAAAUGCCUGCAGUGAAGACUAGAACCCACAGAUAGAAACAGUGCCAGCCUCAAGUGAGCUUACCCAGGAGGUCAGAGGCAUGGACAGAGGGGCGGUGGGACCCCAGACCCUCCAUCCUGGGACCUUGCAGAGGAGUUCACAGGAUUUGUUGGGAGUCUCAGCCAGCAGGUGUAUCAUGAACCCAGUCAGCUACUGGGUCUUCCUUGCCUUCUCAAAGUGAUUUGAGCAACAGCAUUUGCCCCACUCUGCUUGCUGACUGGGUACACAGUGUGACCAGCCCCCUCCUGUCACCAUAGCCUCUCACCCAGAAUGGACUGUGUCCCCUAAAACUGCACUAAAUAAAAGCUUCUUCCCUCAAGAUGCUUCUGCCAGGUA